UGCCGGCCUUCAUAGGCGCUUGCUAACAGCACUUGCCACAACAGUCUGUGAAGGCUACACGGUGGAUCUUUGUCUUUGUGAGAGAGAGUGAAAACGGCUCCGUCGUGUUCCCUCGGCUAUUCUUUUGUCUGCAGGGUUCAUGCACGACAGUUUUUGUUUACGAUAUUUCUAACACCCCCCCCAACCCCUUCCAAAGGAGCACACUAUUAUUUAACUCGAAUUCACAACAUUUUGGCACUCGCUCACUGUGUGUAAAUGUCAAAGAUUGCAAUGCAAAGUCGGUGUGACGCUUGCGACUUGAAGGAGAAAACAAGAAGGGACAUCGGGACGACAGAAACAAACACACGCACAGACACACACACAUACCAGCCCUCUGUGUUUACUCUGCUGCUGCCUCCUCGUGCGUGUUUUCGAUGCUGCCAGCGAGUUUUUUUUUCGCGUCCGUUACGCCAAGGCAUGGAGUCUGGAUGGCUGCUGCUGCUCCUUCCUCUGGGCCUUUGUUCCACGGAAUCACCCAGCCGCUCCUCCUCCUCUUCCUCCUCCGCCUGCCUGAGCUCCUUCAUGCUGCCCGGACCCAACGGAGACCAAGGGGAAAAAGGAGAAAAGGGAGAGCAGGGGCUGAACGGGGAGCAGGGAGCUGUGGGAGAGAGAGGUUUUGCAGGUGAAAAGGGCUCCAAAGGAAUCAUGGGACCGUAUGGCAAAAUCGGCGCAGUCGGAGAAAAAGGCGUCAAAGGAGAGCUGGGUGGCGAGGGACCAAUCGGGCCAGUAGGCGACCCAGGCUCCCAUUGCGAAUGUGGCCACCUGCGGAGGACUGUGGGAGAGCUGGACAUCGUCAUCUCGCAGCUAAAAAACGAGGUUCAGCUGAUGAAGAAUGUGGUGGGCGUCUCCGAGCUGGGUCAGAAGAGUUACAUCGUCGUCAAGGAGGGCAAGAGCCACGCGGACGCGGCGAGCGACUGCCAGCACCGAGGCGGCACGCUGGCCAUGCCCAAGGACAAGGCCACCAACGACAUGCUCGCCUCCUUCCUCUCCCACCGCGGCGUCGGCGCGGCCUACAUCGGCGUGCGCGACGCGCGGAACGCGCCGGACGCGGGCGAGGGCCCGCCGCUGGCGCCGCGGCGCUUCGCUUACGUGGACGGCGGCGCGCUGGCGGGCGGGCUGGCGCGCUGGCGCACGGGCGAGCCCAACGACUCGGGCGGAGCGGAGGGCUGCGUGGAGCUGACCGCCGCCGCGGGCGAGUGGAACGACGUGGACUGCGCGGCGCCGGCGUACUUCGUGUGCGAGUUCGAGCGCGCCGCCGCCGAGUAGCCGCGGGGUCGCCACGCGCGGUUGGGGGGGGGGGGGGCGGGGGUCUCGGUGUGCCGGGCUGUGCCGGGCUGUGCCAGGGGCUCGGCGGGUGUCGGUGGCACGGAGGGGAAGCGCCCCAGGUGGUUUGCGUCCCAACCCUCGCGUUCAUCGCCCUUCCCCCGCGCCUCCGGUUAGCGCGGUUGGCUACGUACGGUGCGGAAGAGGUUCAAACGUACGUUUCGCGGACGCACGGGGGUGACAGGGACGACCUGAGGCUUGGAGCUGUGACUGCGAUCGCGUGAUGCCACUUUCCUUUAAGCCAAUUUGAAGAUGAGAUAAAAUAAACAAACUUUGAUUUGAUCUCAACACGUCCAAUAACGGCCUUGCACACAGUUUGUAAACCGUGUUAAAUUUGGCAUAUCAUUUCAGGAAUACUUUGAAGUUUGAAUGUAAACAUUACGCGCAAUGAGACUUUAAAAUUGUGGUGUCAACGUGGAAUAUUGUUGCCGCGACAUGACCAGUUGCUGCCAUCACAGCGCUGCGAAUUUUGCAUUGCAAUUCAUUUGAAGUCUUAGCUCGCAAUUUAUUUACCAAAGAAAUUUACCGUCGAGCUGGGCGUCUCGUGUACCAGGAACGCUUCCAAUUUAAAAUGGUUUACAAAGAUCGAGGUGCCAUCCUCACGCGCACGGGAGAACGGACAUUCCGGUCAUGGCCUCAAGCCCAGCCAAGCCGUGACAAUGCUACCAGGUGUGAGGCCACGCCUUCGGGCAUAAUGAGAUGGCGUCUGUGAAAAAAAGGAGCGUCGUGGCUCAUCGGAUUUCUCCACGGGGUAAGUCGAGAUUGCCUCUGUCCGAUAAGAGAUUCCGAUGGCGGAAACAAAAAUCAUCGGUGGCUUAAGUGAUGUUUUAUGUGCCGGACUAACCCCACGCUACGGCCACAGAGCAGCCACGCCCUGCUCUCAUGCCACACGAGAGUGCCAUGGAUGGGGAUUUCGAGCUCCAUGAAUACCUUUCUCCAUUGUGUGGUUUGAAAUAAAAUUUGGCCAUUCUCAGUCCACAAAUGAUUGCGGGGGCUUCCAUUCUCCACGUUUGGUCAUGGAUAUUUGUACGAUUAUUUUGUUUAACCAAACUUCACCACUCCAAGUCUUUACUGGUUGAUGAAGGUGGGAGAGGGCAGAACUCGUUUUAAUAUUGCUUACCGCUGAUGUUAGCCCUGGCCCGGAAUCAAACUUGGGUCGCCGGGUUCAUAGCGGAGCGUGCUAAUCACUGUGCCACCACUCCUCCCUGUGUCUACCUUCAAAGGUACACAUUUUUAAAUAAAGCACCUGAUUGGUUUGCUCAGUGGCCAAUCAGAAGCAGGAAUUCAGCUCGGUUACCCUCCACUGUUCCUUGUAUAUGAUUCCACCCCCACCUGUUGCCAGGCGUGGGUGUGAAAACAAGUAUAUGUCUCCGUAUCUUUCGCCGUCGUGACGUGAGGCGAAGAAUCCCUUGGGAAAUAUUACAGAGCAUCGCGAUCGCCGUGUGUGUGCAGCCCUGCAAGACAUUUUGAAGGAUCCUCUUCGAAAACGUCCUUCAAAAUAACCCCUGUCUUUAUAACAAAGAGGGCACACCUUCCCACACAAUCUGCUGUGAGAAUGGUGAAUAUUGGGUUGACUUUCACAUGACAGUCAGACACAUAUUUUAACUCUCAAAGCUGGAACAUAGCCAAAUUGAGAGUACAAACUUUAACGUGACGUGUUGCUGUGCUGAGACCAUCACCUCACUCCACUAAGGGACCCAGUUUGACCAGGCGGGUGGCUGGUGCCCGGAUCUAAACUGAGGCAUCGGUGGCGAUGGCUCAGCGCUCUGACUCCUUCGCCGCCUGAUAAGGUGGGGGUCUUCGUGCUAAUUUCACAACUGGGCGUGGGCAUGGUCUGAUGGUCACCACGGGACACAGCUGUCGACGAGCGAGCUAGCAGUGGAGAUGCCUGAGCGCUGACUAUUGUGCCAAGGGACGUCACGGUGGCGAGAUGUUAAUUACCUCGCCUGGUACGCAGGGGGUCGUGGCUUCGAUCCCUAUCCUGACGCCUGCUGCUGUAUAUUUGGAGUUUGCAUGUCUCUCUCUCUCCGUGG